AUGAAACGCAUUGCAUCUAAGACUGAAAGCUCGCGACGCGUGACAAGACGUCGAAUAAACGACUUCAUCGACGAUGUCGCCAUUGAAGCAGAAGAGGACGAAGAGGGCGAAGAGGACGAAGAGGGCGAAGAGGGCGAAGAGGGCGAAGAGGGCGAAGAGGGCGAAGAGGGCGAUGAGGGCGAUGAAGAGUCCUAUGUCGACCGAGCCUCGGCCAGCGAGAGGAUAACAAACCGAUAUACUACACCGUCGGCAACUAGUAUACAUGGUCCUUCACCGCUCAAUCAAUGGCACUCGUUGGUCACCGGUAUUGAGGCUCGCGUAUCCGAACUCUCUCCCUUGAAGGACCCACAAGCUUGGGGGUUGGUCCGAGGAUACGCUCGAGGGGAACUCAGCUUUGUCGAAGUGACGGAAGGCCUCCAGGCGCACCUUCGAGGCCGAUAUGCAGAAGAGGACUGGGUCCCCGCCUUUAAUGUCGUUUGGGAGGCAGAGGACGACGAAGAGCUUGCUUUACAGCGGUUGCGAGAGCUCGAACAAGCCUACCUCGCUCAGGCCGACAAUGUUCCCACUUCCCAUCGCCCGACGCAAGAUCACCAAUCGUCACUAGAGAUACCUCUUCAGGCAUCGACUCGUCAAGUAUCAGAAGCCUUGGAAGCUACGCUGAUGGCAGAGUUCAACAGUAUGACCUCGCCGAAUUUACUAUGGAGAGUUCGCAUACAAGCGGAUUCGAGGAGAUAUCUGCACGCUCUAUUAACGACUCAGGGAAAGGCAGCGUAUGUGUAUAAUGGUUUGCCGAACUUUAUCUUCAUCGAGGCACCAAGCAAAGAGGCGGCCGCGGACAGCUUUCCACUGUCACAUCGUCCAUCCACUGGAGUAAUCCAAUCUGUUGAUAGGACAGAGAGCCUUUCCGCCGCUGCCGUUUCUUCACCGAUGACUUGGGUUCGGCCUCGAUAUGGCCCUUACGCGGAGAAUCUUGGGUUCGUAUGUCCUAAACCACGCGGAUCUCGGGAAGCGGGCGGGGACGAAGAGGAACAAGACACUGACCGAGUUUUUGUGCUAUUCGUGCCCAAAGCCCAACCGUCUUCUGGCUCCUCCAACUCUCGCAGACCUCCGAGGCUCAUCAUUCGCCGCGAGUUUGUUCCUUCUCUCCUUCCUCUCGCUUCUGCCAAAGAAAGGUUUCAUGGGUUGGUACGGGAGCUACCUGACGGACGCUUCACGUUGGCCCAGCAUACGUUCACCUCUGAGGGCUUCGCUGUCAUCGACUUCCAUCAAAGAGACCUUGUUCCCGCUUCGGAUAUUAUACCUGAAGAUAUUACAGCGUUCACUGAAUGCUCGCUCUGUCCGUUUGCCAUCUCUGCUGAACGUGAUCGCUUCGCAGUCAGCAACUACAUCUAUGGUGAUCGCGUAAUCGCAAGCCUGGGGGAUAGCGGUCCGGAAGUCUCUGGCUACGUCCUCGGCACGGAGGGGUCUACCGUGCAAGUUCGCGUUGUCCACAACUCUCAGCCCAUCACUACGACGCUUCUAGCGUCUCAAGUGCAGCGCAUUUUUUGGGAAGGGGACAACGUACGCGUUGUCGCGGGUAUUCAUAGGGGUACCCGAGGGACGGUCUUGACGGAGGCAGAAGGAAACUUGGUGUUCACCACGGGUCGCUCUCAUUCUCAGCUUACAGUCCCAAAGCAAUAUGUCGAGACCGACAACGAAAUCGUCAGCGGGCCCUCCGGCGCCCAAUCUCAAUUCCGCGAAGGUGAUUAUGUUAAGUCGUUAUCGUUGCAGCGCUGGGGGAAAGUCCUCUCGAUCCAAGCAGACAUAGUAUGUUUCUCGGAGCUACGUGCCGUUGAACUUAGCGAGGACGGCAUCGGACGUCUGCAGCUACUGCAGAAAUUCGUCAAGUUGCACGACUCUGUCCAUAACGUCGGACUACUAGCUUCAAAAAGCUCUGACCCACUCCACGUUGCUGCUGUCGCUCGUACCUUUCAACAAACAAGCGUUGGUAGGCGAAGUUCUGCGCCAUUCUACACCGGCAAGGACCCGCUUGAGGGGGAGAACAUUGUCGUCGUCUCUCGUCGCGCUGGUUCGAAAGGACUUGUAGGCCAGGUCACCAGUACGAAUCCGCACCGCCAAGAAGCCACCUGUCGUCUGACGGCUUUGGGAAGACUCGAGACGCUCCCCUUCAGUACUCUGGUAUCCUUGAGAAACGGGUUAUACUUGACUGGCACUCCAAUACCCGAUCACAAAAGGGGAUGGUUUCAGGCCGAACGAAGAGCAUUCUACGGCUUGCCCGCCGUGGGGGAUCCGCUUCCCAGAUCUGUCACACCUCCGCAAGAUGUAGAAAUCCCACUGACAGACUUCGAAAAGGCCGAUAUUGAGACACGGGCGCUCGCGCUCGCACAAUCCGCACUUGCCCAAUCCUCACAACACGAGGAUGUACAACGACCUUCUUCGCCCCUCCCGUUCCUUCUUGACGACAGAAUUUGCGCUAACCUCGGGAGUAGGGGAGUCCAUGUUGGGUUUCUACCUUCGUACGAGGGUGGGAGUCAGGUCAAGGUGUCAGGCUUCACGGAUAGCCCAGAUCGGUUUUGGAGCAAUAAACUGAGCUGUCCUGCUCCUGACGGCUGUGUCGCCGUAUCAUGGAAGGUGAACGGCACUAAACCACGAUCUGCCUUCGUCCCCGCCUCGGACUUGAAGCCGUGCCCCCCUCGCGCGAAAAACAAGUACAUUUUGGUGCUUAGUGGUCCGUACGUCGGUCAAAUCUUCCUCACAAAGGGUUACAAGAAGGCGAAUGAUGUCUAUGUCGUACAUGAACAUCGGGACGAGAUUCCGAACGGUAUAGUCACCGAGGUUAGAGAGCAUGGAUCUAAUUAG